AUGGAAGGAUUUAGAAAUAAUAAAUACCGAACAGAUAUGAUACAGCUAAGACCAAUCAUCGAGACUAAAGUUAUAAAUCCUCAAAGCAGAAUGCCAAACAUCAAACCUACUAAGAAGGAAAGCGGGCUUAAUGAAGAUCUUAUGGCAGUCAAACUUACCCCUGUAAAAUAAAGCAACAAGAAUUUCGAAAAUCAUUCUAGCUGUUAAAAGUGAAAACAAGAAUGAUAAAACGAAGCCAAAGGAAAAUCUUGGAGACUUGAUCAGAAAUUCAAUGAAUAAAAACUGGGUUACUCCAGCCAAAGAGAAUAGAGAAAAAACAAAUAAAGAUGAUGAUGAACUAUCAAAUUGCUUAAUAACUCCUCUAAUUCCAAAAGAUAAUCACUUGAGGGGAACAUUCUCUCCCUCCAUUAAAAUGAAACCAGUACACAUUUUAACCACAAACGAUCUCCCUCACCUCUACCAAGACCGGGGCACUUCCUUCAAAUCAAACACCCAGUCAAAAAUCUGCCAAAAAUCCUCUGAACCCCCUUCAAAACCCUCUCUCUCCUCUCCUCCAAGCGACCACCUGACCCAAAAGUCCAAAACUGAAUUACUAAAGAUCACAGGAUUUCAAAAGUUUCCUUGUGCAGCCUCACUGAAAAUAAGCCAAUUCGAGAACCACAAUAUGUCCCUUCGGAAUACGCUCAAGACAUUCAGAAAUCCUAACCUUCCACUGGGAACACCAAAAGAAGCAAGACAAGGAAAAAUGGAUUUUAACGAACAGAAAUAAACAGAAAACUAUGUACAAGUCACGGAGUCUUAGAGCUAUACAGAAAGUAGCGAAUACAAAUCCUUAUUUUAAUCCAAAAACAUCUUAUCAGAGUGUCAAAAUAAAGAAAUUUGGAAAUAGGCCUGGACCUAUCUUCACUAAAUACCCCAACAAAAAUCUCAACCUGCACGGCCUAAAAAUCCCUUUCAUCCCCAACCUGCACCCUUCCAAAACCCUUCCCAAAUUCAGCCAAACCAGUCGCCCCUUCCUGCCCAAAUGUACCAAACAACAUUCAAAAUAGUUACAACUCU